CCCGCCGCAUUUGGCGGCCGCCGCCGCGGAGCAGGGCGCGGGGGGGGAUGAUGGAUCCGCGGCUGCGGCUGCUGACGCCCCGCGCCCGCCUGCCCGCCGUCAAUGGAGGAGGACGCUGAGACCCGCAAGAUCAGCAGCAGUUUCCUGCGAGACCACAGCUAUGCCACGGAAGCUGACAUCAUCUCCACAGUUGAGUUCAACCACACUGGAGAGUUACUGGCAACAGGGGACAAGGGGGGCCGGGUUGUAAUAUUUCAGCGUGAGCAGGAGAGCAAGAACCAGCCCCACCGCAGGGGAGAGUACAAUGUCUACAGCACCUUCCAGAGCCACGAGCCAGAGUUCGAUUACCUGAAGAGCCUGGAGAUCGAGGAGAAGAUCAACAAGAUCCGAUGGCUGCCGCAGCAGAACGCGGCGUACUUCCUGCUCUCCACCAACGAUAAGACUGUGAAGCUAUGGAAGGUCAGCGAGCGGGACAAGAGACCGGAGGGAUACAACCUCAAGGACGAGGAUGGCCGACUCCGAGACCCCUCCAUGAUCACCGUGCUGCGGGUGCCCGUGCUGCGGCCCAUGGACCUGAUGGUGGAGGCCACUCCCCGGAGGGUGUUUGCCAACGCCCACACCUACCACAUCAACUCCAUCUCCGUCAACAGCGACUACGAGACCUACAUGUCAGCGGAUGACCUGAGGAUAAACCUGUGGAAUUUUGAAAUCACAAAUCAAAGUUUUAACAUCGUGGACAUCAAGCCGGCCAACAUGGAGGAGCUGACGGAGGUGAUCACGGCGGCCGAGUUCCACCCGCACCACUGCAACACCUUCGUGUACAGCAGCAGCAAGGGCACCAUCCGCCUGUGCGACAUGCGCGCCGCGGCCCUGUGCGACCGCCACGCCAAGUUUUUUGAAGAGCCUGAAGACCCAAGUAACCGGUCAUUUUUUUCUGAGAUCAUCUCCUCAAUCUCUGAUGUCAAAUUCAGCCACAGUGGAAGGUACAUCAUGACCCGGGACUACCUCACUGUCAAGGUGUGGGACUUGAACAUGGAGAACCGGCCCAUUGAGACCUACCAGGUCCACGACUACCUGCGGAGCAAGCUCUGCUCGCUCUACGAGAACGACUGCAUCUUUGACAAGUUUGAGUGCGUCUGGAACGGCUCUGACAGUGUCAUCAUGACCGGCUCCUACAACAACUUCUUCCGCAUGUUCGACCGCAACACCAAGCGCGACGUGACGCUGGAGGCGUCGCGGGAGAACAGCAAACCCCGUGCCAUCCUCAAACCCCGCAAGGUCUGCGUGGGUGGAAAGCGCAGGAAAGACGAGAUCAGUGUGGACAGUCUGGACUUUAGCAAAAAGAUCCUGCACACAGCUUGGCACCCCUCCGAGAACAUCAUCGCUGUGGCAGCCACCAACAACCUGUACAUAUUCCAGGACAAGGUUAACUAGGAGGACCAGGUCUUCUUUAGGAGCCUCAUGUACUGAUACCAGUAAACACAGGGUUUCAACUGUUCCUCUUUUCUUUCUUUCCUUUCUUUCCUUUCUUUUCUUUCUUUCCUUUCCUUCUUUUCCUUUCCUUCCUGUUCUUUGUUCAGUUCCUGCUCUGCAGAUCGCGGUUGUGCAGAGGAGCACUGGGGCACUCCGGCCCAGGGGCCACUGGGGGCACCCCCCAGACACCAGACUUACACAGGGAGAGCUGAGACUUCUUACAGGGCAGUGUGAGGAUGUCAGGCCUGGCUGUCCCCUGUCCCCAGGCACGUCCCCAGGCAGUGCUGGGGUGGCAGCAGCCUGAUGGCUGAGGAGGUGAUGUAGAGGGGGCUGUCAGCUGGGAAGGGAUUGAUGGGGUAACACGAUUGAUGGCCAGCUCUGGUGGCAGUGGUCCUACACCAAUUGCUUUAAACCUGAUCCCAGAAAUAUUCCACCUGUUGUGUGGAAGACUGGAAUGUUGCCUCCCUUUGCCACUUUCCACAUUUGUCUUUUUAUUACAAUUAUUUUGUGUUUUACCAACAGAGACAGCAAAACCAAACGUAAAGUUCAGUUUUGCAGUGGACAAGCUUAAGGGGCAGGGGGUAUGUGCUGCACCUCCAGAUGUGUCUGCUCCAGCCAGGUUGCCCCCCCAGCCCUAGAACCCUCCUGAGGAUUUGGCUUUGUAGAUACUGUGGUGCCUUCUUUGGUAUAUGAAAUACCUUUAUAAAUGAUGCUUCCGACCUGCAUUGAUCGCAAACCAAACCAACCCUGGGCUCUGCUGCAGUUCUGGGCUUUGCUUUGGUCACUUUUCUCAUUCUGUUGUGAGCUCUUGCAUGUCGUGACUGACUGUCUCUCUCUCUUUCUCUCUCUCUCUCUUUCUCUCUUUUUUAAUUAAUUUAUUUAUUUAUUCAAUUUUUUUAAGAUAAAAGUAUAAGUUGCUAAUUUAUGACCUAAAAAAAAAUCCAACUGUAUAUUGCUGUUAGCCCCUGACUGUGUCAGAGAGAGGCUGUCUGCAGUCCUACAUUAUAAUAACAAUGAUAAUAAUAAUAAAACUGGUAACUCUUUCUCUUUGCAUGGCGAGGCUGCCUCUUUCCACUCUACGGAUUGGUCAGGUCCCUCUUUAAUUGAGCAACUGUUCAAUAUAAAAAGAUUGACUGGAUUUUCUGUAAAUCUGAAAACUGCUCCUGCAGCAAGAAGCAAAUGAAGUCAAUUACAAAAUUCAACACCGUCACUUCGGCAGUGGCUCCACAAGGGUGACCCUGAUGCCAUCCUCCUGAGGGGACACCUGGCACCCCCAGCACCCAAGGCCUUCAGGGAUCACGAGUCACCAAGGCCAGGUGUCCCCGGGACAGCCUCUCUGCAGGCACCAUGAGGAUCAUGGCAUGCCCCGACCCGGGAAAGGAACUGCUGCACACCCACAGAGCUCAUGGACUGCACGGAAAACCAGGAGCUGGUUGGAGGCAGGGGCCCCCCAGACGCCACUUUCAGAGGAGCCAUUCCAAGGGAAGAACAAAGUGCACUGGCUUAUGGAUUUAUUCCAAGGGAUGGCUUUCAGGAGUAACUUUUUUUUAAAAUGAAAUGGUAAAAUAAAAUAGCAAGAGUAAAUGCACCAUUUUAUAAGAAAAUGCUCCUUUUUGGUUGUGUAAGGAAAGCCUGCGCUGCGGUGUCAGAAGUAAAGUUGUCCCAAACGUG